AUGUACGUUACCACACAAUAAAGUUUCUCGCUUUCUCUAUCUCUCCUACCCGAUUUCAGACCUGCAAUCCCUAAAUCCCCAAUUUCGGACAAGUAGAUUCGUACGAAUCUCUCUAUCUCUCGCCGGGGAAUGCAUUCGGUAUAGUCAGCUGUACUGGAAGAUUCGUGCGUCUCUCUACCGCUCUCUCGCGCGUUCCUUCUUCCUCUCCAGGCGGAGUUUCCCGGUGAUUUUCCUGGGUUUCUCACCUCUUCGGUGCUCGGGAAACGCGAGAGAGGUGGCUCGUGGUUUUCUCAUGAGCCUAAUUUUAGUUUAGUUUAAUGAUGUAACGUGAAAUUUUCGUCUGUCUGCCUUCAAGAAUCGGCAGUGCUUGUAAGAGGAAAGAAAUGCUUGGUUGCUUUUACGACGUAAACGAGUUUUUUUUUGCCAUUUAUGAUGUUGUGAAGAAACUGUCUUAUGAUUAUGCACGUCUCUGUCAGAGAGAUGGAGUUGUGGGUGGAAACUAUACGGGAAAUGAUUUGUAAAUCCUUCAUAUUUACGCCAAAUUUCAUGCCUGAGAACUGCACUCCGAAAACUAGCAGUGGGUACCAUGAAUAAUGGUUCUUGGUUGCCCGAGGUCGACUUCCAAGGCCUCUCGGAUGAUUUCUUUGAUGACCUCAUGAAUCACAUUGAUUUCCCCUUAGAAGACGUGGAAAGUGGCAAUGGUGAGGGAGAUUGGGAUGCCGGGUUUCAAGGCCUCGAGCCUCCACUGAUGGAUAUGUUCUCGACUUUGUCCUCCGGCCUCAAGCGUGGUGGCGUUAGCAAGAGCAGUGGUGUGGCAGAUCAGAAGCCCAUACCCAUAUUGAAACAAUCUACUAAUUCAUCUGAAUCCUCCUCUGUCAUGGAUAGCUCUGUCCACCAAUUCGAAGUUAAAGUCUCGAAGCUGUUUCAGUCUUCAAGCCCGGUUUCAGUCCUCGAGAACAGCAGCAGUUCUAUCUCAUCCCAAAGCUCCAGAUCACAAGGACUGUCCUUUCCUGUCGUGAAGGGUAUGAGAACCAAACGCAAACGCCCCUCAGCUCUGAAACUCAGACUUCUCCUCCCAUUUGAACCAGAGCACUUCUCUCCGGAUGAAUCAGAAUCUGAAGUCCACUUUCCUUCAGAGAAACCCGACAAGAAGAAGCGCAAGAAGCAGAAAAUCCACCCGGCUCGUGCCAGUUCAGAACCGAAAAGCACGGAAGGAACAAUGCGGAAAUGCACGCACUGCGAGACAACCAAGACCCCGCAGUGGAGGGAAGGCCCAAACGGGCCAAAAACCCUAUGCAAUGCUUGCGGUGUAAGGUUCAGAUCCGGCCGACUUGUUCCAGAAUACCGCCCGGCGGCCAGCCCGACCUUCAUUCCAUCAGUGCACUCGAAUUCACACCGGAAGAUCGUAGAGAUAAGGAGGACUAAGCAGUUCGCCCAAGACACGGGAUUGAUCCACACCGUCACUUCCCAAGCGUAGGCCGGUUGAUCCGAUGAACCGGCUGCUCUUCUAAGCUAGGGUUAGUGUUUGUUUUUAGUACAUCUGAUCUAGAGAGAGAGAGAGAGAGAGAGAGAGAUUAGGGUUUUUAGUGUCAUGCGUCGCGUUGCAUUGCAGAUAUGUCUGCAGUUGCAGAAGAGAUCUUUGGCAAGACAUUUGUUUCAUAACCCUCUAUUAUUUUAUUCGUCAGUCAGUUCAGUGGCAUACAAGUGUAUCGUCCUUGUGUUUUUCUUGGUCAGCCUUUAAUAGCCAAGACUAAUCCAUGUUUAGAAUAAA